CUGACACCGGUCCCUGGUGCAAUGGGAAAACUGACCCACCUGUCCGCCAAACUAAAAAAUCUGGGAAACAUUGUAUGACUGCAGGUUAUCAAUUAUUAUUAUUGUACGUAUUCACACGCACAAUGAAACAAAAAAAUUAUAUCUUAUAAUUGAUAUUUUAAUUGAUAUAUUUCUUUUAUAAUAUUAGAAAAGCAUUAUGCUCAAAAUACAGUUUAAAUAUGUAUAUUUUUAUGCAAAGAUAAAUAAAACCUGGAUGCAUUACGCACGUUUUUUAGGCAGUCGACGGACUACGUCACUAAGGUGUAUAUAAUUUAUAAUGAAUUGCAAGCGAAUUGCAAGUUUGACCACAAUAGGCCCACAUACUAAGGUUCUAAUAAUAGUAUGUAGGUCAACUGUAUCUCAUAUAAAUAUAUCUAUAAACUGAAUUCAGUAAUAAUUGUAUGUCUUACACACAUCUCAUCACAACGCUUGUCAAAAAAGAACUUGAUUCUUUAACAUUGUGCAAAUAUUUUAUUAAUACUGGAUAAUGUCAGGAUGGGUCCGUGUUCAUGGACGUCGAAGUCGAAGUUUCAAAUCAAAGGUGUCUAGCAGAUGCCGGGGUAGAGGGGGGCGUGGACGAAGAAGGGGAAACCUUACUUUUAGUGGUCGAAAUCGUUCAGUUGCAAAUGAAAGUUCACAAAAUCAUGAAUCAUUUGGUAAUGAAAGAAUAGAAUACAAUUUUAAUACGGAUCCGAAAGUAUUUUUCACUGGCGCUGCUUCAACGGAACAGCAUUUAGCAGCUCAAAAUGAAAAUCGUCUACGCUAUGCAGCAACUCUUGCUGUGUUAAUUACAAAUAAAAUACAAGUUAAACAGAGUAAGUAUAUUUAACAUUUACAUUCUUACUAAUAGGUUUUUGUUCAUGCCAGUAUACUUUUAGGAUUAUUUAUUUUAAGGAAUAUUAUUAUUGUUUCUCUCCCCCCCCCUUUCCAAAAAAAAACUAUUUUCAAUUUUAUCCAGCAAUCAUGAAGAGGUUUAACCAAUGGCAAUCAUGCAAUGUAAAGGAAGAGACACCGCAAUUCUAACGACGGAACACAAAAUAUUGAGCGCAUCACACACAACGUAUUUGAAUUUGAAUAAUGGUUAUGUAAGAAUCUUGUUUAGAAACAAUAAAAGAAGAAGAAAAAAAAGUUUAAUAUAAAAAAAAAAAAUUGUUUCUGCUUCUUACACCCCUGACCACCGAUUAUAAAUAAUAAUAUCUUAAGAAAAUUAAGGAUUAUGGAAAUUCUAUAAUUAUGAUGACAUUUUAUUCAUUUUAUUUUAUUUUAAAAUAAAUUUAUAGACUUUAGUUUUAGUAUAACUUGGCUUUCUUGGAAUUCUCUCAAUAUUUGUUGUGAAUUUAUAAAAGUUUUUACCAAAGUUUUUUUACAGGAUCCACAAUUUCAAUAUUAACUGAAAUUGAAUUUCCCUGGCAGGGGUCCAAAUCUUUAAUGUAACAAAAUUUAGGACAUCAAUGUAGGCAAUGGGGGAAAAGCAUAUAAUUACUACCUAAAUUAAUAUUGUUUACACUCCUUUUAAGGGUUAAAGUGGUUCUUUUUAUAAAUCCCUUUGACAGGUAUAAUAAUAAAUUAUGUUUUUCAUACCAAUUAAGAGAUGAAGCCUCUUUUCCACUAAUUUUGACUUUUUAGUAACAAAACAAUUAACUUAACUGAGUCAAUCAUCUGCUGAAGUAAAAUUUAUAGUCUACUAAAUUUUAAAAAGGGCUCUUUUAAUAAUUUUAUUCCAGUUUGAAGUCAAAGAAAUGUUUUCAACUCUUGAUUAUAAUUAUAAUUAUUAAUGAACACAUUAAAGAUUGAACUCCAACAUCUGAUUAUGAUGCAUCAAUUAUGCAUCAUUUUAUUUUUCCCAUAUAGCAUAUAUAAGUUUGAAUGUUUCAUUCCAGAUGCAUGCAUUAAAGCUUUAGCCAUGGCAUGGGCAAGAGGAGAUGAUGAACUUGCUACAGCAUUUCUCAAGUUAAAAUCUAACUUUGGUUUAGUGGAAGUUCUUAAGGCACUGAACAUGCUUGAUGCAGGUCGUCAAGUUCGAACACUUGAGAAACGACUGAAAUGUCUUGAGUUAUCAACAACAAAAGUCAAGCCUCAAAAAAUUUCAAAGCUCAAAAUGGACAUUAACAAUCUUAAUAAAGUCAAACCUCCAGUAAGCUUUUCUCUAUUAAAUUUAUUAUGCCAUCACGCAUAGUUAAUUUUGUUUAGCAAUUUUUUAUUUAAAUGGAACUCAACAUUCUGGAUUUUUAAUAUGACAGUUUUUUUGUUUGUUUUUUUUGUUUUUUUAUAUUAAUGAAUGCUGUGGACUCAAUUUGUUCACCAAACGUAAAUACUAUACGUUUAUUCAAAAAUAUCAAAUCUGUGGAUUAGCUACAAUUAUUUGAAAAAUUAUCCGCUUAAAUAGCACUACUGAAUCUAAUCUUGAUAUGUGCCCUGCAGAGCCCAAAAUUGUAAACAAAUAAAGCUGUCUGAGAUACCAUUUUUAUACUAUAAGGUAUAAAGAAUUUUAAUUUAAAAGAUACAUCCUAGGUUUAAUAAUAAAAAUUGUUUGCAUAGCACUAUUAAUCCUUAACAUGAUAGAAGUUACAGACCAGCAUCAAUAAAAUAUCGUAUCUUAUUAGGAGCAAAAGUGUCCUAUAUAAAUAUUAUAUUUUUGUUUGCUAAAAACAACAUUAUUUAAAAAAAGAUUUGAACAACAAUUAUAUAUAUCUCCCGAGUGGAUGGGACACAUUAACCUAGGAUGGCAACUCAUCUGAGAGAAGGAAACUCUGAAUUCAAACCAGGAGAUGGAGCCCCAUAACUGGAUAACACAUUGACAAUGAUACAUUCUGACAACUCAUGCGACACCACUGGUGCCAAGCAGUAUCAUCCACAUGAUGUUUCCUUGGGUUAUCCAGUGGCGUGGAGAGAGGUGAUUCAUUGUAGGGAACCAGCUUAUAAUCAUAGAAGAAGAAUGCCAGGCCUUGUGGAUUUUGUCCUGUGAAGUCUACACAUCCUCACAUUGUGACAGAUGGAUGCCAGCAAAAAAAAAAAAAAAAAAAAUUAUAUAAAAAAUUGUUUAAAAUAUAUACACAAGAGUUUUUAAAUGAAAAAAAAGUUAGAAAUGUUAUUUUCUACACAAGUGAAUUUACACAUGUGCAGCAAGAUUUAUAGAUAUGUUAAUGGUCUGCAUGCCCAAAUAAUUUCAGAAAAAUGGUUAUAGUGAGUAGUUCCCUAUUAAAUUACAUUAUAUGAAUGUUUGUAAAUUAUCAAUUUUAAAAAAAAAUUUGGCUGGCAGGUCUACCAGCACCACACCCAUGAUCACUUUAUAUAAGAAUGUCAGGCGGAGUCCCUCUCGUCUGUCUUUAAGGGGAGGCAUGUCAAAUCUUUUUAAGAGGCCAGUGACGAAGCCAGGAGUGGUGGAUUUGUAGUUGCGAACGAUAAAAUGCACCGCGUUACGUUGAACUCCAUCGUGUCCACGUCUUGCUUAAGGUGUGGGUCCCAGAUGAUCGCACCAUAUUCCAGUAGUGGACGGACGAGUGCGAGAUAGGCAUUCCGUUUGCAGGAAGUUGGGCAGUGGCGCAGAUUUCUUCGGAUGAAACCUAGGGUGGAGUUGGCUUUUUUUUAAAUUUUGUUUAUAUGGGCUGACCAUUUCAGGUUAUUUGAGAAGAGAAUUCCAAGGUAUGGACUAUUGGAUACUUGUUGGAGAAUUGUCUCGUUUAGUGAGUAAAUAUGAGUUGAUGGUUUUUUUCUUGAGAUUGUCAUAGUGUAGCAUUUGGUUUCAUUAAAUUUCAUGCCCCAUUUGUCCGCCCAAUUCAAAAGGCACUUCAAAUCUGUUUGGAGGUGGAUGUGGUCAUCGUUGCUGUUUAUCUCUCUGUAGAUAAGACAGUCGUCAGCGAAUAGCCGCACUUGAGAAUUUACAUUGAUUGAAUGUUGCUGUUUUUUUUUAGCUAAUCAUAUUUUUUUUUAUGUUGUUUUUAUUCUGUUACUUUGUAGACAUUUUGAAAAUUUAUCAUAAUUUUGAUUUCUUUUUUACCUCAGUUGGGAUCAGCAAGUGGUGCAGUUUGCAAGCAUGUUGCAAAGUGGGUUAGAGAAUUCACAGCAGCUGAUUUAGAAUUCUUUGCCAUCAACUUUCCAAAAGAUCCAUGGAAGAAGCUAGCAGAUAUUUGUCAUUUGAAACCUGAAAAAGUAUGUUAAUUUGUUUAAUUUUAACACAGAGUUCAUUUGUUACAAGUUCCAGCCUCUCAAUGAAAAAAGUCAAACACUAUUACCUUAAAACUAUAUCCAAUUUUGCUUCAUAUUCUGGAUAAAGCAAUUUAGUCCAUUUAAAAGUAAUGCAUUGCCCACACAUUUGUUAAAAAAUCUUAAGCAAGUUUGCAGAUUUUUUUUUUUCUCUGCACACAAAAUCUGAAAAAUUCAUACACACAUAGAAUUAUCAUGCCCACAAACUUAAGAAACUUAUUUUCUGAUAUUUUUCAUAGGACUUCCCAGCAGCUCCUUGGUUCCUGGCUUUCUGCUUUGGGACAGGAUCCCCACCAAUUGGUUCAAAUGUAGAGUAUUGUCAGCAACUUACAAUGGAAAAUGUGAAUGAUUUAAUCAAGGAGCAUGACAUCCCAUUUAGUGUGGUUAAACCUUUCAAAGAAAAACUUAGUCCUGAAUCAAAGCAAAGAAUUUCAGAAUGUGAAGCAAAAUUGGAUAUAGUUUUAUGGUAAUAGUUUUUUUUACUUUAUCCUUAAUUUGUUUUUUUGUUCAGUUGUUAAUUAUUUGUUUUGUUGAUGAUCAAGCUUUGUUAUAAAAAUUAUUUAAAAAUGCAUUAUGGAUGCAACUGUAGACCUUAAGAAAAUAGAAUGGCUGUUGCUUCUAAAGGGGUAUUUACAAAGAAAAGUCAGUCUUUGAAAUGCUCUAAGUUUUAAUCCACAUUAAUAAAUACUAUCAAGAAGGCAAAAAAAAUAAAAAAAUGUUAUGAAAUAUUGGUGUUUUUUGGUUAUGCUUUUAUUAUCCUCUGCAUAUACAUACAACAAUAGCAAGCAUGAAUACGAGUGUUAAUGUGAGAAUCUAUUUCUCUCACAGGUGGUAUGAAGAUUUGUCAUGCCCGGGCACCGAUGAGGUGAUCUCAAAAAGGCUGGCUGCAGGUGAAACAAUUUCCUUACCUAAUGGUAAAUUACUGGAAAGGUUACUUACCAUCUUGCUUCUUCGCAACCCCCAGCUAGCUAGGAGGGGUUAUGAUGACAUGAAUUAUGAAGGUGAACCAGAAGGGGAGACAAAUUUUUUCACUCAACUCAUGGAUCUAGCAGAACCAAAACUUACAUCCAUCAGGUAAUUUUGCACCCAAACACUUCUGUUUUUUUUUUUAAGGCUUUAUUUAAUCACCACAAUGAGUCACAGCUGAGUGUUGUACAUAUAAUUAAAUUUUUUGCAUAUUCAUGUUUGCUGUGAAGAUCAUUUAGAUAUAUAAAACAUGGAAAAUCACUUUAGAAAUGUGACGUAAAAAAAAAUUACAUGCAAUUUUUAAAUCCUUUAUAUUAACUUUGCUUUUGUUCAUGGCUGGCUGGCGAAAGUUUUAAAGGCUAAAUUACCCAUAUCCCAUCAACCGGUUGAGCUAAAACUUGGCACAUAAACUUGUUGCUGAUGACAAGACAUUCUUUCAAAUUUUCAGCCUCACCCACCAACCCCCAAAAUUGGUUUUGCAUUUUUUUUUAAAGCUGAAGAUGAAGGAAAUAUGACACUGAUUUCACAAAAUAAAAUUCCUGAUAAAUGCGCUAAAUGAGAUUUUUUUUUAAAAAUAUAACAAGUGUGCUUGGUGUGUAAGAUUUUUUUUUUUUCUCAAAUCGUUGUUGAAAUAAAUCUGCGCUGUAAAAAGCAGGUGGGUCAUUAAAAUCCUAAUAUAGUUUAGGGGCAUGAAAAAAAUGUGGUUGCGAUCCCUUUGGGGGGACACGACUAAUUGGGAUUCUUAUUAUAAAGUGCGUUACGUGUAUGCAAGAUUUGUCAAAAUUAAAUUUCAGCCCCCUCGCUAUUAAAUUUUAUAAAGGAUUAUAUGAAAAGCUUUGUUUUUUAGGGGUUUUUAAUUAGACUGCUAAAGAAAGCAUUAAUAUUUUGUGUACAAUGUAUCUUUGAUUUUUUUAUAAGGCCAUAAUGAAGAAGAAAAUAAAUUCCUCCAUUUAUACUCAUUUAUUUUUAGUUGCAUUUACUGAAAAAUUGCCUAGACUUUAAAUGUGGUUUAGAAAUCUUAAAAUUUAAAGAGAAAAAAAUAAUUCAUAAAAUAAUGCAUGCUUUAAACAUUAACUAUCAUCUUGUUGUGAUGUAGAUAUGAGCUAUCAUCUUGUUGAGAUAUAGACAUGAACUAUCAUCUUGUCGUGACAUAGAUAUGAACUAUCAUCUUGUUGUGAUAGAGACAUGAACUAUCAUCUUGCUGUGAUAUUUAUUCCCGUAACAUUUUGUGUUAUAAUUUUCUAUGUACAUAAUUGCAGGCCGAGCCUCAAGUCCCCCAUUCGUGUUAAAAUUUUCUCUGUACAUAAUUUCAGGCCGAGCCUCGAGUCCCCCAUUCGUGUUAAAAUUUUCUAUGUACAUAAUUUCAGGCUGAGCCUUGAGUCCCCCAUUUUUGUUAAAAUUUUAUAUGUACAUGAUUUCAGGCUGAACCUUGAGUCUCCCAUUGUCAUAAUGGGAGAUGCCUCUGGCUCUAUGGAAGUUGCCAUUCGUACAAGCACCAUCAUUGCCAGUCUCCUCACUGCCAUCUGCAGUGCUAAAUUAGUUUUCUUUAAUACUGAAACACGUGACGCCCCCUUCUUACCCAAGACUGUAAAAGAGGUUUGUUUGUCUCAAUUUAUUGUUUUAACCAUUUUAGUCACUUACAUUCAUAGAUUAUUACUCAAGUAUAGAUGGUUUUUAAAGAACAUAAACUCUUGGCAGCAAAUUAUUUUUUCUGCUUUUUUUUUUCUUUUGAAAAUCAGAUGCUGAAGUUGGCUGCAAACACAAAAGCAGUUGGGGGAACAACUCCUGCUGCAUCACUAUUACCAUUUUACAGGAACAAAGAAGUGGUGAAGACAUUUAUAAUGGUAACAGAUGAAGAAGAAAAUGGACAGGCAGAUGGACAUAGGUUGGUCAUCUACAAUCUUGUCAAAGAUGUUCUAUUUUAUAGCAUAUUUACAGAAUUAUUGUGUGAAUCUGAACAAUGAUUUUAAAUGGAAUAGUUAAAUUUUUUUUUUAAUUGUUUGGUAACCAUUAACUUAAGUUUUCUGUGAAAUAUUUUAAAAGUAUUUUAUUACCAUGCCUUAAAAACAAAUAGCAGUAAUGAGAAUCUCACCAUUUUGUUAUCCUCAGCUUUGCUCCCCUGUACCAGAAAUAUUACAAGGAAGUCUACCCCGCACAUUUGAUAUUUGUAUCCUUUCUUCGAGGUCAACAUGCCCAAGGUCAAAUGGUUAAGGACCUGAAUAAUCUGGGUUACCAUCCAAAGCAGCUGCGAUUGGAAGGGUCAAGGCCAGAUUUAACAAAGUUGGAUGAUCUGUUUGCCCAGCUGUCGGCAGUGACCACAUCAUCUUUUACAAGCCAACUGGAGGAGAUGGAGUCUCAUUUGCACACCAAAAGUGUGGCUCAACUCUUUGAGGAGAUCAUUGAGUCUGGAGAAUAUAGUGCGGCUUCUGAUCAGGGAAAUUGAAAGGUGACACCAUUGUAAGGAAUGCAUUAAUUCAAAUAUUUCAGGUUGUAUUUUUUAUUUGUACAAAUUCAUUAAUGUCAAUAUUUUAAAAUAUUUCCAAAAGUUUGUACUAGUCUACAGAAAGUUGAAUUUUAAUUUUAAUAUAGUCCUCGAGAGAAAUUCUGUAAAUCUCCACCAUGUAAAUAAAAAGGAAUAAAGUCAGAAAACAUUAUCAUAUGGGGUCACUUGUUCGUAUGAUGCCUACAGGGCUCUAAGCCUCUCAAGUGCGUGUAUGUGUAGUUCUAAAAUGGCCAGGCAUGUACACCUUUACAUUUAUUAAUGAACAUAGAAGCUUUUGGCUUAGAAAUGAAAAUAUAAAAUUCUAAAUUUAAUGGCAAUUGUAAAUUGCACCUUUUUAAUUUAGAUGGGUUUUGUUUUAAUGGUAUUUUUUAAUAAGGUAAAGCUCACCUCAUGUGGAGUUGUAUAAGCAUUAAGUACUAGAAUCAAAUAUUUAUUUUUGAUAGAAUUUUUUCUUCUUCAUUUUUUUAUUCAAAUAUAAAUCCUUGAUUUGUAUAACAUGUAAUUUAUGUUAAAAAUUUUUAUAAGAAACUUAAUUUGUGAAGAAUUUUGAAGAAUUUUGCAGCCAUAUGAUGUUGUCUAUUUUUGAUCGCAUUGAUGUAAAUGUUGAGCUGUGAAAUUUUUUUAUUUGCAUUAUAAAUACUGACAAUUGUCAAUUGAAUUGUACAGGUAAUUAUUUUUUUCAAAAAUAUGUAUAGAAUCAACUUUUUAAACAUUUUAUUUGCAACUUUCCUACCGUUUGAAAUAGGUAUUGUUCAGGAAUUCUUCCUACACCCCCUGUUAAGCUCAAUAAUGUCAUGUGCUAGACAGUCUGGCCAGGUGUCUUAGCCUGACCACACAGGCAUACACAGGUUCAAGUCGUUAUUGACUUAGAGUUAUUGACAUGUUAAUAUAAACUCUGAAUUGUGUGAGUGUAAAGAAAUUUGAAAAGAAUCACAAGAUUGAUUUUGUUAUUUGUUUUUAAAAUAAA